UCAGCAGAUUCGUCACUUUUCCUCGUAGGCCCGCUUGAUUAAUUUCAUCUUAUUUCUCCUCCCUUUUUCCUCCCGUCCCGCGUACCUCUGUACCGAGAGGCUUCAGGUCUCCCUGCGUUCUGUUUCCCCUUCUUCCUUGGAGGCAGAGGCAGUCCCAUCCCCGUGUCGAAACGGCGAAGUUGGGGGGGGGCCGCUUCCUUUACUCGCCGCGGCGUGCGACGUGGAGCUGACAGGAGCGGCAGGGCGGGCAGGGCCCGGCGCAGCGGCUCGACAUGGGGGGCUUUUUCUCCACCAUCUUUUCCAGUUUGUUUGGAACUCGAGAGAUGAGGAUUCUCAUCCUGGGGCUGGAUGGAGCUGGGAAAACAACCAUCCUGUACAGGCUACAGGUUGGAGAAGUUGUUACCACCAUUCCAACAAUUGGCUUCAAUGUUGAAACAGUGACAUACAAGAACCUGAAAUUUCAAGUUUGGGACCUGGGAGGACAGACAAGCAUCAGGCCAUACUGGCGGUGUUACUAUUCCAAUACAGACGCAGUCAUUUAUGUGGUGGACAGCUGUGAUCGAGACAGAAUUGGCACUUCCAAAUCAGAGCUUGUUGCCAUGCUGGAGGAAGAAGAAUUGAAGAAAGCCAUCUUGGUGGUGUUUGCGAACAAGCAGGACAUGGAACAGGCCAUGACUCCCACAGAAAUGGCAAACGCUCUGGGCUUACCAGCAUUGAAGGACAGAAAAUGGCAGAUAUUCAAAACCUCUGCAACUAAAGGCACUGGGCUGGAUGAAGCAAUGGAGUGGUUGGUGGAAGCGUUGAAGAGUCGGCAGUGAUACAAAGCUGACAGUUGUGAAGAAGCUUCAACUAUGUCGAGCAUCCCUUUCUGCAGUCACGUAUGGUCAGGCCACAAGUUCUUGUAAAUAGGGCAGGUUUGCAUUUGGGUUUUGUAACAUGGAUGCCUCUCUUCAGAUAGAAAACUGAACCAAGUGGAUGUCUGUGUACAUGAUGAUCUUCAUUUUCUUUCUUUGUGUUUAAAGAUGUGCUUAAUGAUUUAUAUGAAAGUUUUUCUGGAGGGCAAAGGGAUUUAUAUAUAUAUAUUUUUUUUCCAUUUACUGGGUAGUAUGAAGUUGAUGUGGUUAAUCUAUUUGUGUAAUUAAAACACUAAUAAAAUCCACAGUGAUAGCUGUACUCAAA